AUGAAGUUGACCAUUGUGCUAUUAGCCUGUGUGGUGGGCAUUGCUACAUUGGGGUCCACUCAAAAUGUCACAGCAGUUGAUAAAUCAUUUUUGGAGAAACAAAAAUUUCUUUACGAAAUUGUGUAUCGCGUUGAGGAUCCAUUGAUGUUCGAGGAGUGGAUUAAACUGGGUAACCAAUUAAUUGUGGACAAAUCGUUCUAUAAUCACUAUGACAUUCAUAUGGAGAAAUUCUGGGAAUCCUACAAGGAGAAGGCUCUUCUGCCCAAAGGUGAAUUUUUCGGUAAUCUCGUGAAAUCCCAUUAUAUGCAAGCCUGGGGCCUUUUCAACUUCUUCUACUAUGCCAAGGACUGGGAUGUGUUCCAACGAAAUGUAUGCUGGGCCCGUAUGCAUGUUAACGAAGGCAUGUUCGUGCAUGCCCUCACUUUGGCUAUCAUUCAUCGUGAUGAUUUUGUGGGUCUUAUGUUGCCCUAUAUCUACGAGAUAUUCCCACAACACUUCUUCGAUAGUCGAUUCGUCUAUGCUGCCGAGAAAUUCGAUUAUAACAUCUGGAGCAAAUACGCCAUGUACGAGAAACAAUACCUCGAUGUCUACUACAAGGACAACAACAAGGGCAAUUAUGUACACAUGAAGGACUGGAAAAUGUGGCAAUGGUGGAAACUCAUGGGUUUGGACAGACAGUGGUACAUGGAGGAGAACUAUAUGCUGCGGGAAAAUAUUUAUGAACAUUGUCAGGAUGCACAGUGGCUGUCGAUGAUGAAGGACAUCAAAAUGUUGUGGAUGCCCGUAGACUACACUCGUGACAUUGAAUAUGCCAAUGAAGAGUCGGCUCUCUCCUAUUUCACCGAGGAUGCUGGUUGGAACGCCUUCUGGUACUAUUUCAGCAUGGAUUAUCCCUUCUUCUUGGAUGGUGAAACUUUCAACUUGCAAAAUGAUCGCCGUGGUGAAUUCUGGGUUUAUGGCAUACAAAAAUUGUUGGCACGUUAUUAUAUGGAACGUCUGUCCCAUGGUCUGGGCGAAAUUCCGCACAUUUCACGUAAGCAAAAUGUGAAAAAUGGCUACAAUCCUCGUCUGGUGUCCUAUAAUGGCAUUGGAUAUAGUUAUCGCAAAGACUACUAUCACUUCUACGAUUCGGGUAACUUCGAUAUGAUCGACAGAAUUCGAGAAUUUUUCGGCCGAAUUGAGAGUGUGGUUGACAUGGGAUACUACAAAAUGAAAAAUGGCACCAUGGUGGAUUUGCGUCAACCAAAUGCAGCCGAACUUAUUGGCAACAUUCUUCAAGGAAAUGUCGAUGUUAUGGACAAAUAUUUCUUCAACUACUGGUAUUUGUACUCGCACAUGUAUUUGGCAGGAGUCGAUUACAAUGAUGUGGAAGUCCUUCCACAUGCAUUCCUUAACAUGGAAACUGUUAUGAGAGAUCCUUUGAUCUAUGGCAUCCAUAAGCGUAUAGUUGAUGUAUUCUAUCGCUUCAAGAACUCGUUGGGUCCUUACAAGAAGGAAGAACUCUUGUUCCCCGGUGUUCAUAUUACAGACGUGAAGGUUAGUGAAUUGGUGACUUACUUUGACAUCUUCGAUUUCGAUGUGACCAAUCUGAUCAACGGCAAGAUUCGUAUUGUUGACGGCGAAUUUGUCUGGGACAAAACAUUGCUGGCCCGUCAAAUGCGUUUGAAUCACAAACCUAUCAACUUCGAAAUUACUGUCGAAUCGGAUAAACCUCAAAAGGUAUAUGUUCGUGUCUAUCUCGGGCCGAAAUAUAAUGAAUUGGGUCAGGUUAUAGCGUUGAAUGAAAAUCGCAUGAACUUCUUCUCGUUUGAUAAAUUCUCCUAUGAACUGACGGCUGGUACGAAUGUUAUAAAACGUAAUCCCGCCGAUUACCUCUUCACCUCGCCUGAUGCCCUUACCUAUACCGAAAUGUAUAACUACAUUAAAUUAGCCCACGAAGGUAAAUAUGAAUUCAACCUAUCUAUGAGCCACCCACAUUGCUCUUUCCCCAAUCGUCUUAUGUUGCCACGUGGCUGGGAACAAGGAAUGCCAAUGCAAUUAUUCUUUAUGAUAACUCUCGAUGAUGAUGACCACGAUCAGUUUGACUACACAUUCUCAUGUGGCCUAGGAUCUGGUCGACGUUGGUUGGACCACAAACCAUUUGCCUAUCCUUUUGAUCGAGAAAUUGAUGAAUAUGAUUUCUAUGUGCCCAAUAUGUACUUUAAGGAUGUCAUGAUCUAUCAUCAGGACAAUUUGAAAAUGUACCGCCAAUUGAAUUAUACGAAUUUCGGUAAUUUUGAUUACAAUUAUUUCGAUGACUAUUAUACAAAAGGCGUAAGCAAUUAA